AAGGCAUCCCUAACUCAAAAUGACGUAUGACGUAUAAAAAAAACCAUUUACGUUUCGAGUCUUCGCGUAAAUAUAGCUUUAUAGUAAAAAUGUAUUCUGUUUUGUUAUGUUAAAAUAUGUGUGGAAUGAAGAUGUGCAAAACCAAUAAUUAUAUUUUACAACCUUUGCCCACAAACACAAAGCAUUAAUAAGAUGCUGGAAAAUAACAUCUUAUUAGUGACUAGAAGAGAAAGUGCUUCGUAUAGUAAAUAACGGGUCGAUAUGAAUAUGUCUGUGUCUGAUUUAUCAGUCGGGUGUCGUUUUGCAGAUUAUUUUGCUAUAUGUGGGCUAGAUUUUGAUUCUGGCUUGGAACCUGACAGGCUUUGUGGCGACAACUUGCAUGUGUCUCCUUUGGACCGCUCGUAUAAGGGGAAAAUAUUAGCUCACUACCCUGACAAUGUUCAAAGCAAUCCAUUUGAUGAACAUGCUGUUUGUAUGCUCUGCCUGCCGGCUGGUCUCCAGUUCAGGACACAGAAACAUUCAUUAGAGGCAAAGUUCCAUAGUUUUGUUGUGACCAGAGAAAAUGCUUCCCGCUACUAUGGCUUUAGUCUUAUCUUCUAUGAAGAAGUUAGGAACAGAAAUAUCUGCAGUGCCAUGCACACUUUACAGGCAAUGUAUAUCACCGAGUUAUCUAGUGGACAGACUCCACCCGGGCACAGAAAAAGCAAUGGAAAAGAGAGCUCUCGAUCCUUGCCCAGGUCCUUCAAGCUCGCUCCACACUCGGGCGCUGCGCUCACCUAUUACGACGUAACCAAAGAUAAACUUUAUGUAGCCAAAAGUAUAGCUCUAAUAUGCCAAUACCCAUAUGUGAGGGUAGCGCAGUUGUUUUUAGAAAAUUUAUAUAGAUCACUGCCUAGACAGCCCGGACCGGGUCUUAGUCCGGAGUCCUAUGUUUACAAUCUGCUAUAUGAAGUGCCAGUGCCCUUGCCGGGACAGGCCCUGCGCCUGUAUCUGCCACCACCGGAACCUCACUUAGAACCGGUACCCGUUGUGAUACGAAUGCCAAAUUUACCUGAGGAGCUGCCGUUGCUCGACUACCCACUUCGAGUAAUGUUCUCUACGUUAGGAGUGGAAUGUGUGGUCCAGCUGUUUACAUGUGUGUUAUUGGAGCACCAGGUGCUUAUUAGAUCCAGUGAUUACAGCAGGCUGAUGCUGGUGGCGGAGUGCGUGGUGGCGCUGCUGCUGCCGUUCGCGUGGGCGCACGUGUACGUGCCCAUCCUGCCCGCGCCGCUGCACCACUUCCUCGACGCGCCCGUGCCGUUCGUCAUGGGUCUUCACGCGGACAGUGCGGCCGUCAGCGGCGCGCGGAACAUCGCGCUGGGCUCGGAGGCCGCCUUGUGCCUCGUGGACAUCGACAAGCCGGACAUCCAGCUGCCCGAGGAGCUGCCCGUCUUCCCGCACCGGACGGCUUUCGUAGAGGAGCUCAACCACAUCUUGGACAAGCAUCAGGUUCAAAGACCUGAAACGGAGCCCACGAGACUCGGCGUGCCAAUAAACGGGACAUCAUACAAACACAUGAGUGACAUGAGCAGCAGUUGCACGCUACCGUCGGGCGGUCUUCGUCGCAAGCAUUCAUUCAACGACGUGCUAGAGUGGGACGAGAGUAGGCCGCUGAACGCGUCCCCGCCCGGCUCGCCGACUCGACGCACGCCGCGCCGACUCGACGCGCUUCAGCGGAUCGUCGACAUCGUGAAGCGGACGGGCGUAAACAUAGAUCAAGUGGACGCCGACAGCGUGAUGCCGGUGCCGAAGCGGGGGCCGCUCAACGACGAGGAGCAGUACAACGAGGACGCGCGCCUCAACAGCGCCGUCCGCGAGUGCUUCCUCAACAGAUUCGUGAACAUGUUCCUCGCGUACGAGAACUUCAUCAUCCAGCCCGACCAGGAUCGCGAGGCAUGGCUGUCGACCAGAGAGUCCAUGGUGAACUUCGACAAGGCGUCGUUCCUGUCCGACCAGCCGCAGCGGCACCGGCCGUUCCUGUCGCGCUUCCUGGAGACGCAGAUGUUCGCCACCUUCAUCGACCACAAGAUCCUGGCCGCCUGGGGCGAGCACGACGCCAACCUGCAGGCCUUCGACCACCGCGUCGCCAUCACGAGGCGCCGGGCGGGCGAGGGCGGCGCGGCGCGGGGGUACAGCGUGUGGGCGGGGGGUGCGGCGGGUGCGGGGGGCCAGCACGGCGCGGGGGGCCAGCCCGGCGCGCAGCUCGAGGUGGCGCCGGCCGCCGAGCGCCUGCCGCACCGCGCCGCCUACUACCGCGCCUUCCCCGCGCGCCUCGACGUCGCCGCGCUGGCGCCGCCGCCCGGGACCGAGCCCAGAACCAAUAGUUUGAAGCGCAUAAAGAACGCAAAGUGGCAAGUGAAGGAUUGCGCGCCAGAAAUGUUGCUCGGAGACAUCGGUAGGAGGCUGUCCACCGAGGUCACGAGCGCCGCUAUAUCUCAAAACCACAAAGCCUUCGUCGAUAAACUUUUAAAGGAAUGCAAAAGCAAGACAAAGCGUAUGUUAGUAGAGAAAAUGGGCACGGAAGAGACCGACCUAGGUCUCGGCAGUGAAGUGUCCAUCACGGGUGUGGAAGAAAGCACAAUGAUUUCGUCGCUGUGCGAUCUCCUGGAGAGACUGUGGUCGCAUGGCGUGCAGCACAAGAUGGGCAAGUCUGCGCUUUGGAUGCACCUCACUAACUAUCAGGAGUUGGAGCAGUGCAGCAACUCUACGAAGCCUAUAGACCCUAACUGCCUUACGCCUGAUUUAUCGUCGGUCGGGGCGGAGGUGGAGGCGCGCGGCGGCCGCUCGCGGGACAGCUCGCGCGGCGGCUCGCGGGACGGCUCGCGCGAGCGGCUCGGCGACGCGGCCACGCUCGAGCGCCAGGCCGCGCAGCCGCCCAACCCGCUGCGCCCGCUGCCGGAGAGCCUCACUUUCGAUAUGAGGAAUAUCCAAGCUAUGACUGACAUAAAAACCGAGAUAGGUUACGCCCGUGCAUGGGUCCGCCUCUCGCUGGAAAAGAAAUUGCUCUCCAAGCACCUGCGGGAACUGCUCGCUGACACCACGCUGCUCAGGUCCCAGUACAAGAAGACCGCCUUCUUGAGAUGCGAGGAGGAGAGGGAACAGUUCCUGUAUCAUUUGUUAACCUUGAACGCUGUUGAUUACUUCUGUUUCACCAAUACCUAUCCCACCACUAAACUGCCAUACCGCGUGCUGAUCGUGCCGUCGCGCAAGGCCAGCCAGACGACGGCCAACUGCUGGAUCGCCAUCUCGGGCGCCCACGGCGACGCCACCCCCAAGAUACCGAUACCACGCAACACCAACGAAUUCGUCUUUCAUCAUAAAAACUUGGGCGUGCUGUCGACGCUACGCAUCGGCCACGACAACUCCGGCCUGUCGCCGCGCUGGCUUCUCGACCAAGUUUACGUGAGGAACGAAGUCACGGGACAUACUUACACGUUCCCGUGCCAGCGCUGGCUGGGCUCGGGCGUGGACGACGGCUCGACGGAGCGGCUGCUGGUGGCGGCGCGCCUGCGCGGCGGCCGCUCCCCUCGCUCGCCCGCGCCCGCGCCCGCCGCCACGCACCUCUCCACCUCCACCAUCCAGCACAUGAUCGGUGACUGCGUGAACGCGAUAGUGAAAUGGCACUAUCAGUCGAAAAGAGACAAGGACGCGAACUCACUGAGUGUUCUGCUGUGCGGGGAAAAUGGCCUGGUCAAGUGCUUGGAGCAAGCCUUCCUCUGCGGGUUCAAGUCCAGUCGCCUCUUCGGGAAGAACUUCUUCAUUUGGGAUUAUUUUGCGAAAGUGAAGGACGAGUUCAAGAUGAGCCUCUGCGACGAGCCGAGCCCACAGCCCCAAGCGAGCAAGUGCGGAGUCGCGUACAACUGUCGCCAGGACCAGGAGCACCGCGCCAUCUGGCGCUGCUACUGCCACCUCAUGGACGAGAUCUGCUCCGUCGGCCGCACGCUGGGCAAGGACGGCCAGUUCCAGCUCUUCAUCUGUCUGAGUCUGAGGGAGCACUGGCUGCACAGGAUGCUGGUGCCCAUGUCGCUGACGCGCGCGACGGGCGAGAUGUACGAGGAGCAGAGCUUCCUGCGCCGGCGCGGCCUGCUCACCUUCCUGCGCCAGAUCCUCGAGCCGCUCGACGAGUUCGACAUCGUGCUGGAGAAUUCGCUCACGCAAGGUAUUUAAGCGCGCUGGGACACUCGUGGUUAUUUAUACUAGAUUUAUAUGUAUGUCUUAAAACAGAAACGAUAUUAAAUACUUUAGAAGUGCUGGACUGAUAAUUAAUGUCCCUUAUCAAUGGCGGCAAGAUUGAAUUAUUGUUUUGUUAAAAUUCACAUAAAAAAUAGCGGAAGUCAGGACGUGCCUCGCGUGCUUCCGUUGAUUCUAGUAAAAUAACAGUUCGAUGUGAAUUCUUUUUAUUUCUCUAUUACUUUCUUGUGUGAUCUUUCAUUUGCACGUCUACGUUCAACAAUGUCAUACAGCAUUCAUCUCAGACGCGCUAAAAAUGAAGGGAAGAGAUGAAUACGAUAUGUCUACGCAUCAAAUACAAUAAUGACACUUUCAGUGACAAGCGCCCGAUUUGCAAUACAAAACGGACACACCUAGCGUGUACUGUAGAGAAUAUGUUAAGGUACGCACAUAUCCAACAUUUUUCUGUAAAAUAUUAUUUUUAAGUGUAUACCAUAAGCGAUUAUCCAGACAUUUCACGCCGGGUGACUUUUAACGGAUAUUAGUUUAACGGACUGCUGUAGGUAUCACAUUAUAUCAUUGUUCAUUGAUAUAUACAAGGUGGCCAAAAAUAUGUGGUUUUGGGCUUAUACUGAGCAACUUUUACUAUGGGACCAACCCCGAAAUCGCUAAAAAAAUUCUUGGCUGUUUGAUACAUUUCAGCUGGUCCAUUUUCUAUGGGAGAGUAAAUUUCUUUCGCGAUUUCUGGGUUGGACCCAUAGUAAAAGUUCCACAGUGUAAUCCCAAAACCUUCCUGGCAACGGAAAUGCACAUAUUUUUUGCCCGCCUUAUAUAAUCACAUAAGCUAUUAAGUAAUUAAUCACACAAAAUACUCAGGACAGGACACUACGAAAUCUAUGUUAGUUUUUAGAUAUUAUUUUAUACAUAUUAAGUUUAAAUGUGAUUUUAUUAUCUUAUGUCUUGCCAGUUGAACCCAAAGAUUAUUUUUUAUGGUGCUUAUAAUAGUUAAGUUAAUAUUGUUUUUUUUUUAUAUUAACUCGUCAAUUUAUGAGUUUUGAUAUAUGUAUACAUAACAUUUUGACAUUACAUGUAAUUCAUGCUUUUUCUGUUAUAAAUGUGCCACUAUGCCCAUGUAGACUAUCGACCUAAUGUUAUAAUACUUAUAAUUUUAUUGUGUUUCAAACGCGUUAUACACACACUGGUGCCCAGAAUUAGAGUGAACUAACGUUUCCUGACGUGUGCUACUAAGAUUACCGCGUCGCAUUUUCAACUUUCACUACGUAACAAAAGGCGAUAUUGUGCAAUAAGAAAGCCGAUGUGUGUAUUUACCAAAGCACGCGUGUUUCAUACGAAGUUUUUCAACACACUCGCUCUUGCACUUGCAAAAUGUAAAAAUAUGCUUGAACCAUAUAUUUUGUUCAACUGCAGUCAGAUUACUGUACCUACCUAUAUAAUUCUGGACAUGAGUGAAGUUUAGAUUAAGGUAUGUAGCUGAGGCGUUCUCACGAAGCCUACGCAUCUCGCACGAAGAAUCGACAUGUGGACUGAAUUGUGCAUAAUUAUAAUACUUAUUGAAUGAGGUGUUAGUUCCUUACUGUACUAGUGUACUGUAAUGUAAUAUUGUUGUGCGUUCACAUGCAUUUAACCCUUAAAUUGGCAACGGGGAACAGAAGGCACGUUAUUACUUUUGACCGUCUUUUUUUUUCUAGAACAGUAUUUGGCUUAGCAGGAGGUGCGCGAGAUACACUACCCGUCUUUGUCUAACUGUAUUAAUUAGAAAGGGCAGGCGGGGUAGGUUCCGAGAGUGAAGUUUUUGAAAACACGUACCGCUUUUUUUUAUCACUAUAAGGUUGUCAAAAAUAAAAUUAGCAAUCUUGAGAUGAGACUUUUCUCUAGUGACUUCAUCGAUUCUAAUGCUGAUUUUUUGACUUUCGCUCGAUAGAAAAAAAAUCACUAACAGGUCUGAAACGCACUUUAGAAAUAGUAUACAAUUUAUGCACAAGACCUAAAAAUUGGGAAAUUGCUUCUAAAAAUGUGCAAUUUUAUUUUUAAGGAAACUCAUCUAUUACUUUUUUUUGUUAAACCAUGAAAAAUAAACAUGAUAUCCGCGGUCCCGAGCACGCACAUCCAUCUCGCUCACGCUUACGCUCAGUGAGAGUGAGAGAAGAACUCGAACCUACCGGGCCACGGAGGGCCGAGGAGGCUUGAACUCACUACCAUCCAAGAUUUUUGCCAAUUGAAGGGUAAAAUAAAUGUGUCUCAAAAGUGUUUUAGAUCUGGUUUACGAAUCUGCAUGUUAUCUAACGAGGGUUUAUUUACCUUAUUUUGACAGAUAUGUCAUCUUAUACCUAGUAACUAUAUGUUAAUACUCGAAGUGGAUAAUUAAUAAAUUAAUUACAAAUUGGUGUUAACUACAAUGCUAUGGCAUCUAGUAAAAAUGCUUAGAUUUAUUAGAUGAUUGAUUAAGGCCAAUGUGGAGAAGACCGGCAUAUAAAACUUAUUGCUGAUAAGACCGUCACAUAGCAACAACUAUUGUAUUUGUAUAAGUACGUCGCUCACAGUCGGAUAAAUCUGAAAGGAAGAGCCUCACUCCGUCUGCUCCACCGACCAUCUGGAAGUGAAGUAUGUACGGCCACGUCUAAAAAUAUCGAUACGAAAAAAGUGCCAAUAAUAUGUAUACUCUAUUGCCCAUAUAUUAAGGUAGUGCAUACAUAUUUUUGUCACAUUUUUCGUACCGAUAUUUUCAGACGUGACUGUACCCAUACAAACGCAAAAGAUGAAAGCGACGAAAGAGCUUUUAGACGCUCUUCUCUCGUUGAAGGUCUUUACUACAUUGACCUUAAUACAAAAUAAAAAUUAUAGUUUCUUCAUAUUAUGGAAGGCACUACAAUAAGUAAGUUUCAAUAUUUCAAAAGAUUAUAUUGUAAGGUAACAUUUAACCCUCCAUAGUGUCUAGUGUCAUUACUUGUACUCUAAUUUGUUUAGUUCUGAACCUUUUGAUUAUUGUGUUAGUGUGUAAGUUAUUGUGUUAGUUAUUUUUAAAAUCAGGGUUUUCAUGGAAACUUCUUUAUAAGCAAUCUCUUAUGAUAUUAACUAUAACGGCCAGUCCAGACGGGAACAACUUUUCGCCAAUCUGAUUAAAUUGUCGGAUCACGCACACGCCAAUUUGGCUCGCCGAUUUCGACCGCCGAUUAUGACCGAUAUUACCGAUAAAAUGACGAUGCGGACGCAGGAAUACCAAUUUGUGACGCUAGUAUUCGCGUUUGGGCAUUUUUUUUAAUUUAGUGCACCUAAACAUUACUAUAAAUCUAAAAUUGGAGAUUGACGCCAAUCAUCUCGUCUGGACUGGCCUUUUGUCCCAUAUUUGCAGCAAACAAACCAAAGCAAAAGGGUGACCUUAUACUACUGCUAAUUUAAGUAGAAUAGGCAGCUACGUGAUAAAAAAAACAAUCCACUUAUAUGGAUUAGUUAGAGUCGAUUGUACAUAUAUGUUGCUUUCGAAAUAGAAAAGUAUUGUAAGAGAAACGUUGUAAACAUUUGUAUCUGUUUAGAAUUUAGAAUCUAUUAAAUAUGCAAUACUUUUGGGCUUGUAUAUAAAUCACGCGAGGUUCGAUAGGGGGAGGGGGGUAUAAGGGAGUCUAUUUUACGAAAAUAUCAUCACAUUUAUAACGAAAAUAGAAAAUUAGGUCGAAUGAAAAACCUUCAAAAAAUACACGUGAGGUUAUGUGCCAAGGGGGAGGGAGGAGUCAAAAAGUAACCGAAUAAACCUCACGUGAUUUGUGCACAAACCCUUUGUAGCCGUACCAUUUAACUUUGAAGGUUCGUGAGAUAGUUUCCCAGUGGUUUUCCAGUAGAAGGUGGCUUAGUUUGAGGCUAACCCUCUUAUUCAUAAAACUAAGCAAGCUUAUGAAAACCUCUGUUAAAUUGUGUCUCUUUCUAACAAACGGAAAUAAGGACAUACCAUUAUCAACGGUAUGUUAGAUUUGACACACAUUUCUGGAUAUCGCCAUUUGUCUAGUUAAAGUUAAAUUAUUGUAACUUACUGUAAGUUAAACACAGUUGUGGCAGUCAGAACAUCAUCAACAUGCACAUGAAGCAUUAGGACCCUUCUCUGAUGGAAUGCCACAGUUAAAUUGCCGAUCAGACCUUAGACGAUCAUAAUUUCUCUAACUCACGAACCCUUUGAGUUAGUGGUCUGUCAGUGGCUAGGGUGGCCGACAAAAUGUUAGACUAGAAACCCAAUAUUUUCAACCAAAAAAAAAAUUUUACCCUAUUCAUUGAAUUUGCAAUGGACAUUGUUUUACUCACGCCACUAGUUUAGUAUAAUCUCUUACAAUUAUAGUUUCGGCUAAGCCGGCAUCCAUUGUUAAAGUACUAACAAACGGGCGUACCGGACCACGACCUUGGUACGGUCCGAGGCCUGUUCGAUCGCGAGGAAGAUUCACCGUACAGUCGACGAUAUGUUUACACUUUUGCACCUUAUUAGCAUGUAAUAAGGCAAAAAAAUUAAACUUAUAUUUGAUCUCGACUGUACAUACAUUAGAACGCAGAUAUGAGUAAGGGGGAGAAAGAAAUAUGCGGACCGGAUCGCAGUCCGGUACAUCCGUCUAUUGUUAUUAUUAGUCUGGCAAACCAACUUGUCAGUAGAAAUUCAAAUUGUAUGGAAGUCAACCUUUCGCACCUAAUUUUGCCAAACUAGCCGGGCUUUUAUACUGAGAAUAUUGGCUUGCCAGACUAUAUGUGCUAUAUUUUGGUCGAUGUUAUAGUUGUUUACGUCUGCCGUCCUCGAGUUGUCAACAUUUCUUACUCGUUUGUUAAGCAAUGUGUCUUAAGUCCCAUUUAUCGCUGAUGUAUGCUCAUUAGUUUCUUUCUCAGAUAUAUUAUUUUAUAUCAUUUGAGACAGACUAUUAUUUUAUAUCAUUAGAGACAAGUUAAUGUUAAAGACUAUCAAUAUUCUUCAAAGCAGCAACUUUUUAUUGUAAAAUAGUUACCAAACUAUGAAUUAAAAAUAGGUAGUAAGCUCCAAAUGCGCUUAGAAUUUUUAAAAUAGUUUCUUUUUCUACAA